AUGGCGGAGAAUUUCUCCGAGCUGUUCCCCGCGGACGGGGGCACACACAACCUGAGACAGUACCUAAACCAAGGGGACAUAAAAUUUGAAAAUGAAGAACUGAAAAGAGAAAGGGAACAAAUAAAAAACGACCCACAAUUCGUACAGUGCGUAAAAAACAUAUGGACCAAUGUGUUGAACAAACCCAUGGAUGGUAAAUUCACUAAAGUGGAAUACUUCAAAAUAAUGCUUAGGAUCUGUAAAGUACUAAUACCUCAUUUUGAUAUUAAGGAGGUCAUAAACAUAGUAAGUGACGAAUGGAACAAUGAUUGUAAAGGGAAGAAAUACCUCAACUUUGAAUCUUUUUUUAAUGCCUUUUUUGAACUCACUGAUAUAUGGACACCCACAAUAAAUGCACUAGAUUAUGCUCAUUUUUUGAAGACCCUAUUUUAUAGAAUUACCUUCAUCGAAAUUAAAAUGAAAAAUGGACAAGUGGUAAAAAAAAAACCUGUCAUGAUGAUAAAUUUUAAACGAAAAGAAGAUAUGAAAAAGGUAUCUCUUUUUGAAAAUACAAUUUUGGGUUAUAAAAAUGAAGAGAAUGGUCAUGAUAGAUGUAGUAGUAGUUUCAUUAAAAAUAUGAAAUCCAUUAAAAAAUUGUCAACCCAAAUGGAACAAUUAAAAAAACAAUUCACAAAACGAUUUAGCGACAGUUAUAAAGUUGAGGAGUCCUUCCUGUACGAUAAUGAUCCCGACGCGCAAGACAUGUUGGAUAAAAAUUUAUUUGAGAAUCUGCUCAACAAUAGGACUAAUGAUGAUUCGUAUUUACAAAGACAUAUUGUGUUGCUUGAUGUGGACGAGAUAAACCCGCUCGAGUACCUUGAGGGGGCAGACUCCCAGGAGGAAGAGUAUUCCCCUGAGGGGCACCCGUGUGAUCGUUCUUACUCCCCCAGGCGGCAUGACGGGCUAUCUUGCACCGACAAAGGAAGGAACAAAGAAGAAGAGACCAAACAAACGAAAGAUGAUCCAACGGACGGGGGGGGACAUAUAUACGGACAGGUGGUAGAGAAGUCCCCCUCAGGCGUCCAGGCCAGCGUCGCAAAAAGGAACACUUUCGCCUUCGAGGUGAGAAAGGACAAACAUAAUGAGAAAGGCGUGGAGGACAAGGUGGGGGAGGAAGAGGACGACAAAGGAAGGAGGAAGACAGAGGGAUCCAUUGCAGACCGAAUGUACGUACUGGAGGAAAUUCAAGAGAGGACUAAAAGGUCAACAAAAGGUGAAGACGACGAAAAGGAUGGACACGAUGGACACGCCCAAGCCGCUAACAUGGAUAAAACGGACGAAGGGGGCCCUCAUGAAGGGAAGGAAAAAAUAAUGUUCGAAGGCUCCCUGCUCAUUGACGGAAUAAACUUUGCUGAGUUCACCAAGGAGUGCAAAAUUGUGGACCUCAAUGACCACCAGGGGGGUGGCGCUGUUGAUGCGAAGGACACAGAUGCAGAGGAGAGGAACCCUUUGGGUGGGGACCUGCUCCCGACGCAGCAAAGACACUUCCUCCGCCUGGACUCGAACCUGGAUUUUGGUGAGGAGACGCUUAGGAAGGAGGUCCGGGGGAAGUUCCCCCAGCUGGGCCAAGAGGGGGCAGAAAACGCACAAAAUAAAGGGGAACAGAACGGACAAGAGAAAGUGGAAGCGAAAGGACCAGAGAAAGGUGAAGCUAAAAGCGACAUGGAGGCAAACUCAACGGAUAAUAUAGGGCGGGACGACCCCACGCAAAGCUCCCCACAAGGCAGGGCUGAGAAGGAAGCUGAGGGGGGAGCCGCUCAAGGAGAAGGAGAAGCCGGCGUAGUUGAAGAACAUGUAGGCGCGUCGGUAGGGGAAGGAACAAAGGCCGCUGUCCCCAUCGAUGAUGAAGUGACAACUCAAAAAGGGAAAGGAGACGCCACUGCGGGGGAAGAAGCGUCGCUUGUGAAUCAACACAAAGACGAGUCUGAAAAAUCGCUGGCACACAAUGGAGCAGAAGCAGGAGGAAGUCCUAGUGCAAACAAAAGUGUAGAAAAGGAAGAAGAUAAAGACUACACGCAUGGGUCCGAUGAAGAAUACUUGGAUGCACUGAGAAGCAAUUUAACAAUAGGAGGAGCAGAAAAAAAAACGGGAACGCCAAACGAGGAGACAGAAGGUAGACCCAAAAAGUCAGUCGAUCUGCUUAAGGCUAAAAACUUCUUAGAGAAUGAAAAACGCACUUUGGAGGAGCUAAAGCAGGAGAAGGACAAAUAUAAAAAGGGGAAAAAAAACGACACAUGCAUGGGGGAACUGCUCGACGAAAGUAGGACUAACCUGGACACACAAUCCACUGUGAGUGACAUGGAAGAUGCAGCUAAGGCAAAGAAGAUCCUCCCUGGUGAUGGGUCAAACGAAUCCACCUUCAACAUAAAGGACAUUUCGUUCGAUGACAAAUUGGAUAAGGAGGUGAGGCCGAAGGAGGGGGACGCUUCCAACAGGGUGGGUAUAACUGAACAUGCGCAGGACGCUUCCAACAGGGUGGGUAUAACUGAACAUGCGCAGGACGCUUCGAACAGGGCGGAUAUAACUGAGCAUGGGGAGGAGGAAACGAAGGAGGGGUACGCGCAACUGAACCAGCAGAGGGACCUCCUCUCAACAGUGAACAAAGACAUGGAAAAUAAAAUGGAUUCCUACAAAGGAAAUGUUGAUUUGUUCAUGAAAAAAAUGAAGAGGAGGAGCGAUUGCAAGGGGGACCUGGCAGCAGGGAAAGGAGGAGAUGACGUAACCGAUGAGAAUAUUUAUCAUGCUGAUCUUGCUGAAGAGUUCGAGGAAAGCGAAGCAGGUUGGCAAGACCAUCCCGGAGAUGCAGACUCCCAGGUGAAUGUAAUGGGCAGUACAGAUAGCCACGGCGAAAUCAACAGCUCGAAGCCGAAUGAAGAAUUGCUGAGCAGUCUUAGUAUUAAAAAGGACAUGUAUGAAAGGAACCAACAUGAUAAAAAUGGGACCUCCUCCGCAUUCGAUACCAACACGACCUUUAGUGAAAUGGGGAAAAUAUUAAAUGAAGUCAUAAUACAAAGUGAGGUAGCGGUUUUGAGGAAGAGUCUACAAGAAGGGCUAUUAACAAAGGGAUACUCAAAUGACGAAUCGCAGUUGGUGGGUGAAGAAAUGGAACAUGAGCUUGUGAAGGACAUAAUCCGUAACCAAGACGUUGUGAAAAGUAUUCUGUUUGAUGAUGAAGACAUGGAGGGAAGUGGACACACUGGAGAGGAGAUACGAACAGGGGGCGGCGCCUCCACAUCGGAGCGGAAAGAACACAAGGGGCAAGAAGACAAGUGGCAGGAAGACAAGUGGCAGGAAGACAAGUGGCAGGAAGACGAAGGGAAGGAAACUCUCACACAGGGGGCACCUCAUACUGGCGUAGAUGAGGCAGUGCUGAUUCGUGAUCAAGAUGUUGUGGAAAGGGGCCCCACUGAUGAUGAGAAAGACUUGGAGAGUCACCUUGGCGGAGCGAAGCGUGACUCAUUAGAGAAGAAUGCACAGAGCGCUGGAGCAAAUGACAUGGGCGGUCACCCCUGCGGACCGAAACUUGAGUCUCUGGAGAGGAGCAAAAGGGACCAGUCGGAUGAGAAGGUCAUCCCGAAAGUGGACACACCGGGAAGGGUCACAAAUGAAGUGCAAACACCAGGACGAGUAAUUGAAAAAUUCGAGGCUACAGAAGGGGUCAUUGAAAAAGUGGAAACACAUGGUCAAGUGAGCGAAAAAGUGGAGACACCUGCAGAAAUCGUUGAGAAAGUGGAAACACCUGAACAAGUCGUUGAGAAAGUGGAGGCUACGGAAGGGGUCAUAAAUGAAGUGGAGAGACCUGGACAGGUGAGCGAAAAAGUGGAAACACAUGGUCAAGUAAGCGACAAAGUGAAGACAUCUGAACAAGUCUUUGAGAAUGUAGAUGCUACCGAACGGGCCAUGAAGGGGGAGGCGUGUCCUGAACAACGCGGAGAGGGAGGCUUGAGCGGAGGUGCACCUAUACUGAAAGCACUAACUGGGAUAGAGGACAACGCUCCUGACACGGCCAAGCCUCCUCACAUGGGUAACGCCGCUGACAAGGCUGAAGCGGCUGACACGACCGACGCGGACAAGGCCGCUAACGCGGCUAACGCGGCUACCCCCCUGAAGACGAAGUACCUGCUCGUGGAGGAUUCCCACAAAAUGAGGAACUUCAUCAAAAUAAAUAAAAGGAACAAGAAGGAAAAUUUCCUAGUCAUGUCCAGGAGGAGAGAAAAGUAUGUCUACAGAUUUGCCCGAAGAUUAAAAGUGGACCUGAUCGAGCCGCUUCUAGUAUUAAGAAGAAAUGUAACGUUAGAAAAUAAAUUUCUGUCUCCACUUGGGAAAUUAAUUAAUGAAGAUUUAAAAAAGGGAAAGAGCAUCGACUGUAAGAAGGUCAUGGAUCUAACCUUGGAGUGUCUCAACAGUAUCAUUGCUAAAAAUAAUGGCUCCCUUUUGUACUUGACGGGAAAUUUUUUGAAUUACGCUGAGUAUUUUCUUCACAAAUGGAAGAAACUCUCCUCUUUGAAUUACCUCAAUUAUAUGAGCUUCCUCAAUUUGAACUUUCAAAAAAAUGUAACACAAGGGGAUGGGAUUGAUGGGUCCAACUUUCUCGUGGAGGAUCAUAAUUUGAUUCUGGCCAACCCGUUUAAGGACACCUUCCCCUGCUUCUGUAUCCUUCUGCAGGAGCAUGAGGGGGUCGCAAGGUGCGACGAACCAACCCACGUGGACAUCAUAUACGAACACCUGCUGAACAUCUUCCGAGAAAGGAGUUCGGGACCCCUCCAGAUGAUAAAUGUUGGUGGGAAGGAUGUGCAUGUGGGCGACAACAUAGGGAAACACAAAAAGGAAAAAAAGAGUAACUCAUCCGGAGCCGCCCUUUCUGUUGGUUCUAGCGAGGAGGACGAGGCAGAAUUGCAGGGAACAGGUGAUAAUCCCUCAGGGGAGGCUUCAGACGGGGACUCUCCAAAUGAACAGCGUGAUGAGGAAGACGAGCAGAUGCUGCGAGUGUUAGAGAAGGAACGGCUGGGGAGUGUUGCUGUUGUUGCAAACGCGUCGGAUGCAGCUGAAACGAUCGACGAGGACGUGGGCGCACAGGAGGAAUGCCUCACCGUGGGGGGAUCGGAGGAAAACUACGCUCUAGACGGGCGCGCCACGGAGGGGGAUAACACGGAGGAGGAUGACAUCGACGAGGAUAACACAGAGGGGGAUGAGACCGACGAAGACAGCAGCGACGAGGACAGCAACGACGAAAAUAGUAACGAGGAGGAAAGCACGGAUGAGGAAGAAGCAAAGGCCACCUCCCCCCGUGGGCAACCCAGCAAAGAAAACACCGACGCGAAGAGAACCCCCCGAGGAAUCCUAAACGUGGAAAAUAUAAGUGAAAACUACUUCACCCAAAUGAGUAAAGAAAUGUGUUACGUGUACAGGUGCGACGAUCCUGAAAAGUACUACAGGAGUUACUAUGCUGAGUUGAAGAGCAGCAUGCGCAGCAUCAAGUUGGAGAGGGACAUUCGCCUGCUGGUUGAGCGGGUGAACGAGUUGCACAAGGAGGAGAGCGCAGAAAUGCACCCCCAGGACGAUGUACGCAAAGUAGACGCUACAGUUGACGUAGACGCUACAGUUGACGUAGACGCUGCAGGUGAAGCAGACGAAUGGGCCCAACGGAAGGAGGAAGAUGUGGCCCGCGCGGUGGAGGAAAAGUUUGGCAUCCCACUCAUCCGCAUGGAUAUGGUUAGCCAGAAGAGCAUGGGACAAUGGAACAGACCGAACGAGGACACACUAUGGAACAUUUUCCACAUCAACAUGAUAAGAAAUCAAUUUUCUUACCAUCUUAAAAAUAAUUUUUUUCCGUUCAAGUAUUGUCCGGAGCAGGGGUCUGGCGUUUUGGUGGUGAACCUGAGGAGGAGGAGGAUCCUGGGGAGGCAGUCCCCAUUGGAAGACGCUUCCCCAGAAGGUGGCCAUAGUGUUGGUGAAUCUAGUCUUGUAAAAACAGCUGAUGGCGUCGCGGAAGCUGCCUCCGAUCAAGGGGAUGACAGAGACAAGGGGUCUGCCCAAUCGAGUGGUGUUGAAAUUAGCUCCGUCCGCGGCGACACGAUUCAACAAGUGCAGGGCAAAUCGAUCGCUGAUGAGAAGAAGUCAUUCGUAGGCCAAACGCAUAUGCGCUACUACCGACACUGGGGUGCCUACUACAAGUACUGCCCCGUGACCUACGUCAACGAGAGGAGGUUUGUUAAGGGAAAGAAACAAUUCAUGGCCACCUACAAGAACAAAAUAUAUUUACUGGACAGCGAAACCAAAAUGAGAGAAUUUUUGAUGUACCCCAAAUUCUACUCGAGCAACAAGAUAAAGGAACACAUAGGUUUUACCAUGGUCAUUUAUUUUUCUAGUGUAGAUGUAAAGAAAAAAGUGAUGAGCGUUGUGGGGCAGAGGGAACGGGUGGUGCACAUCGACCUGGAGGAUUACUUCCGGAGGUUCUUCCUCACCGGGGAGGAUCUGAGAUGCGACUCGGAAAAGGGGGCAGAGGAAGGGGCAGACAAGGAAGAAGAAGCCAAGGGGGAAACGUACACAAACGUGGACACCUACAUGUUUGAGAUCAAUCGGCUCGUGGAGGGCAAAACCGUGUCGCCCCUGUUCAUCGUGCGGUACCUGUGCAUGCGGAUGAACAAGGCACACUCCUUCAAUGUGUUCGUCCUGCGACAGGUGGAGGAAGCGCUGCAGGAGCUGAGGCAGCAAUUCGAACGCGCAUUUGGUGGGGCAGACGCAAAUGGGGUGAGCUGUAGGGAAGAACAGGAUGAUUCAGUUAAGGACUCCCCAGAUGAUGACCCCGCAGAGGAUGACCCCACAGAGGACGGUAUUGCAGAUGACACUGCAGAGGAUAUUGCAGAUGACAUUGCAGAUGACAUUGCAGAGGAUGGCCCCCAGAAGAAAAUUUCCCUAAAGGCAGUUAAAAUCAGGGCCCUCCACAGCCUGCUCAUAGCGCAAGGGAAAUCCUCCGAGGCCAGCGUCCAAUUCAGCUGCUUGGUGAGUGACCUAUUUAAGUGCACCACCUUGAGCAGCAUAAACAGGACGAUUGACCAACUAAUCUGUACCAUCUCGACCCAACUGGAGGAUGAAAAUGGAAAGUACGCCCAGGAGUUAGAAAGUCGAAGUGAGUACCAGUUGGGGGAACCUUCCCUAGGUGGUCCGCCAUUCAAGACAACCGCUGAAAGCACACACUUCAUAAUAACGGGGCUGCCCUUGAAUAGCAAAAUUUACGAGUACCUAAAGAAGGUGAAACUCCAGAUUGACAUUGUUAUCGCAUUUGACGUGAAGAAAGAAAAAGAGAAACAAAUGAGAGAAAACAUCCACCAGGACAUUCUGAAACAGCUAACCCAGAGGGGCAGUGAUGAGGUAAAUGAAAUCACAUGGAGAGAGAACUCCAUGUAUGUUUGUACUAAGCAAUACAAAAAAGAGUUUGAACGUUUGAGGAAAGCAAAGUACCAAGUGCACUAUCUCAAAAUGAGCACCGAGACGAAUAUUAAUUAUUACGUAAAUGAAGUAAGGAAGCUGCUGAACCCAUAUGUCCACUCCUAUUAUGAUUACACCGACGUCCUGAGGGAUAACACCUUAGCAGAUAAACUAGAUUGCUCGUUCACUAAUGUGUAUUGCCCGUAUCUUGUAUCGAAGCAUAAUUGGCUGUAUAAAAGCUCCAAAGGUGUAAAACUGGUCUAUGGUGGGAAGGUGCACCACCUCUCCAACAUGUAUAAUGCUUUUCAUUUUUGCCAAAGCAAAGAAUCCUAUUGUGGAGAAUUCUCCGUGCCUCCUUUGAGAGUCCUACUUCUAACUGAUGAGGGGUGCCAUUUUGUAAAAGAAAUGGAGACCAUUGCAUGCAAAUUCUUUUUACAAUGUGUUGACAUACAGAAGGAGUUUACUAAUACAUUCCCACCCACCUGUUUUUACAUCCUUAAAUAUGUCUACCUUUUCAAGCUUACCGAUGGAAUGAAGAACAGGAAGAAGAGGAACCACGUACUUGCACACUUCGUCUUUGGUUCUAACUGGCUAGGUAAAUUUCACGAUUGUGAGAUUCACCUGAACAAGGUAGAUGUGGACUACAUAGAGAACAACAUUAGUUGUGUGAAAACCUCGGAGGAAUACUCAGUGGAGACAGAACAGCAAAUGCUCGACGUUCUGUUUUCUCGAGUCAAGCCGCUCAACCUCGUUUUGAACGUGGCCAAAAUUGUUGCCAUGCGCGUCGUCCUGCAUGAGAAGCUGGGCAAGUGCAUCAUUAGGUUCUCCCCCGCGAGCGCAGAUCUGUUCAGAGCGUCGUCCGGCGAGGAGGUGAGGCGUUGCCUGGAGAGGCUGCACAGGGAGAGGAGCGUCAGUCAAGGUCGUGGCAGCGAGGCAGAACUGGCUAAAGGGGCUCCCCCUCACGAAACGGCCACAGGGAACAGAAAUGGGCCAGGUGACGUGCAGGUGGGUGGCGGAGAGAGAGGCGGACGUGCAGACGAGGUGGAACCCCUCCCCCAUGGAGGUGACUCAUCUGAUGAGACCCCAUCAGAAGAAAUGGCAUCCCAAAGUGAUACCAACUCAGAUGGUGACCCCUAUGCCUACCUCCAGAAAAACAUAAAGGUAGAACAAAUUAAAAAAAUUUUUUUUAAAAAAAACGAAAAGGAAUUACUAAACAGCAAGUAUAUCUUCUUAGCAGAGAAGGUAUUAAACUCGUUUGAGAAAAUUUUGAAAUGCUCCUUUAGAAUCCCUGAGCAUGUGAUUUACUUGAAAUGUGGCCUCAAGGCUUCGUGGGAAAAAGCGGGUUACUUCAACGCAGGAGAGGAAAGGCACAGAAAAGGGGCGGGUGAUCAGAACAUGGAAGAAGUUAGAGGAGAUAAUUCCAAUGGGGAAAAAAAUGGACAAACAAAACAGCUAUUUGCAGAAGGAGAAAAAAAGCUACUCACCAAAAUAAAAAAGACAUCAAAGAAGAAUCAGCAAAUUAUUAACCAUUUGAAGGAUAAUACAAAUGUGUGGUGUAUCGACGCAGGGAAAAUUCACAUGACAAAAGUGAAGGCAUGUAUAGAAGCCAAGCUGAGAGGUAUACUCCAACAUAGGAACUGCCUCUUCCAUCAGAUGAAUCUAAAGAGGGUAGACAAACUAUGGGCCCAGUUUUUAAAAAAAAAUAAUUACGCCAAACUGUCAAAUUUUUAUUAUUACUCUCCGGUCAAUAUUGAUAACAUCGUCGACGUAGACACGGAGCACCUCCUCCUAUACAACUCGUUUUUAUUUUACUUCAAAACGGAAGAGGAACUAAACAUGUUUAGUAUGAACCCCAUUCGUUACUUGACACAGAUGAAACCAGACCCCUGCUUUGUCCUCCCAUUCGUAAUUAUGUACUCAGAUACAAAUAUGGAAGACUUGUACGAUGAACUGGCGAAAAGUACAAAGUGUGCAGUGAUCCACCCAAAAAAUUUACUCUCCUUUGGUUUUCAAAUUGGGAAAUUUAAACAACUUAUAAAGACAAAACGCUUAACCGAUGCAGACGUUAUGGAACUAAUACGCAUUCGGAUGAACCAGUAUGAUGUCCUGGCUCAUGGAUGCAUCCUGUGCAACCUUCCAUAUAACAAAUUCCAACUGGAGCAUUUUCUCAAAGAGAAAAAAAUUCCACACUUGAUUUUUAUACUGCACAAGGGAGACAGGCAGCAACGAAUAACACCAACGGAAGCAGAAAAUGGAGCAUGCCAAAGAGUGGGAGAAAAUGUUAAGAAAAGGGACAGGUACAUCCCCUCACGCACUGCUGGGACAUUCCCACAGUACUACCCAUUUGUGAAGUACGUCGAGCACAUCUUCAAGCCAAAAUAUAACAAUGUGAUACACGUAGAACAUACAAACGUGUGGAAAAUGAAGUGCAAACUGACGAACGAUAUAGAGAAUACAAUAAAGAACUACCAAAAGUAUAAACGAUACAAGUACAAUAACAAGACCGCCUACUUCAAAGGGUUCAAUCUUGAAGAAAGGGAAAAUUACCAACAGGAAAUGAAAUUUGAUAACUACUGCCUAGUUACCUAUAAGAACAAAAACAUUUUACAAAAAUGCAACAUAUUCGAUCAUUACACAGUGAACCAUGACGGCUGCUUCUACUUAGUGAGUAGUCAUGACGAGGUGGUUGCGUUCGAGAAAAAUCCCACGGAGUUCACAGCCAUAGAGAAACCACUGGCUACAUUCGAAAAAGUAGAUCAAGUGGAAGAAAAUGAUAAAAUAGAAAAUGAGGGAUUCUGCUUGGUCAGCUUGAGAGACCAAAACAAUUUUGUCAAGGGGAAUAAGCAAUGUUGCAUAAAGUACCAACAAAAACUUUACCUAUUCGAAAAUGAAGAAAAAAUGGAAAAAUUUGUAAGUAAUCAUACGGACUACUUAAAUAAUCAAAACAUUUUCGAAAUCAUUUUUGAAAAAAUGAAAAACCAAAAUGAUGUCACUACGAUGGUUUAUCUCAAGACAUACUUGUAUGACAUCCUGUGUGAGGCGCUGUACGAGUUGGGCAAACAUCGACCCCUCUACCCAGGUCUGAGCGUAAAGCUGAGUGCCAUUAAAUUUCUGGCCUUCUUCUUCUACAAGGAAAACAAACUAUUUUCAGCCCCCCUGCGGAGGUCUUAUGAAAAAAACUUCCGCUCCUUCCUAAGUGACUGCCAAAUACCCAUACAUAUACAAACACUCAGGGAGAAGUUUCAAACGAACUGUACGAACAAAAAUCAGGACAUACGCAAACCCACCAAGAAGUGGACAAAGCGCGACGUGGAGAAAUACGAAUCGUUCGUAAAUCUGUAUGAUAAAAUAUUGUACUCGCAGAGGAGGGGCAAGGAGUGA